AUUGUAUUUUGGAGUGUGAGGAGAAGUGCUUGGUGAUGGUAAUGAGGCAAGAGCUUGGUUUGCGAAGUGUUGGGGGGAGGAAGGGAAGUAUGGUAUUGCAGUAACGCAGUCAAGCUACAAGCUGAGGCGGAAUCAUGAAUCCUAACAGCCGUGUGCCUCCUCUCAGGAGUUCAUCACAAUAUCCUCGUCAUGUCAGUGCCAACCAUGUACCCAGGCCUAAUCAUCAGCCAAGAUGGCCUGUCAAUCACGUUCCAUACGCCAAGGACUAUAGGCAGUGCUACCAAAAUGGGGAUUGUCCAGCCAUGCAGAUAGCUGGUGGUAAUGUGCCUCCAAAAGAAUCUGGUUAUCUCAGCUACCCAAAACCUGGAAGUCCACCUGUUAAUGGCCAUGGAAUCUACACACCAGAGAUUGUGCCGGGUGAUGUUUCUCCACCAUUACGAAUAAAUAUAUGUGCACAGCGAUGCUGUUGGUCUCCACCUGUAGAGCCGCUGAGUCAUUCUCAGAGGGAAAUGGAAAAUACUUUGUGUGGUCCACCCAUCUUGAGUGUCAGUCCUAGCGGUUUGCCAGCAAGCACUGUGGAUGUUCAUCAACAUACAGGAGUAGGUCUGGAAUUUUCACCGAGGCGGACAGUCACUGCUGGAGAAAUUCGCCUGAGUCCUUUACAAAUUCAGCAUUCGCCUCCGUAUUUUAGAACUAACAGUCAAGAUGAUGGAAGGAAGAGUGAAAGCCCUUCGCGAAAACGAAGGAGAGUAUCUCGUGGAGGCAUUCAGAUGGCAGUACCUGUUCCCACAACAGCGCCACAUACGAGGACACCUUGGGAACAGCGCCGUUCUCCCAGGCACCAGUCAACUGCUCGGAGUGUAAGUAACAGUUUGAGACGCACCAUGCGUUGCACGCCGGUGUGGGGUCCGCUUCCCCACCAGGAGCCGCCCUACACGCCGUUCCACCCACACCCGGCGCACACGGCUCAGAGUCCUGCCACAGUGCCAAUACCGCUUCCGCUGUCGCUGUACCCUGGCGGCAGCCCCCCUCCGCAGCACGGCUGCCACCAGCAUGGGCUGUACGGCUGCUGCAGCUGCCCCCCAGCAUUCCCUCCACCGCCCUCAGGGCCUCCGCCGAUGCCUCCACCACAAGUGCAGGUUCCGCAGUUUGGGAGUUGCCUACCACCCCAUCAUCAGUCAUAUGCAGCAUUUCUUCAGGCGCAAGCUCAACCAACGCCUGGGUUCACAGCUCCUCCCAGUCCGUGCCUUUCAGUUUCUCCAGUCCAUUUCCCUCAACAACCUCAGCAUGCUGAUGCAGUGGAACUCCUGGCGGACCAGCGAUCUACAUUCCACCAGCUGCAUGGCACCCAUCUGCACACGACUACUCCAUCUCCACCACCGAUUUUUGUAACAGAGCAAAGAACAGCUCAAGUAGAUCACCUAUCAACACGAAGUCGUAGACCUAGCACACCCAGCAGACGUGUUGGACCACGCCGGUGGAGACCUACUCCUACUCUUCCUGCUUCCACAUCAUAUCCAGGGCUUCUGUUACACUUCCUUGCUAUGUUCUCAAAUGCUCCAUUGUCACCAUACAGUCAAGCUGAUUUGGGUAGCCCUGAUUCAACAGAGACUGAAAACUAUGAAGCUCUGCUCCAUUUGGCAGAGAGAUUGGGUGAAGCCAAGCCUCGUGGACUGGCAAAAAUUGAGAUAGAGCAGCUACCCUCGUAUAAGUUCAACGCAGACACACACCAUGGUGACCAGACGUCAUGUGUUGUAUGCAUGUGUGAUUUUGAAGCCAGGCAGAUGCUUAGAGUUCUUCCUUGUUCACAUGAGUUCCACGCAAAGUGUGUUGACAAGUGGCUGAAGUCCAACAGAACGUGUCCCAUUUGCCGUGGAGAUGCAUCUCAUUAUUUCAGCCACCAGGAUUAGAGAGCAAGUAAUACAGCAGAACUUGGAAGUGCUAUUUUCUUAUGUUAAGAGAAUAUAUUUCUUGUUAUAUAAAGAAAAUUGAAAAGAUUUAAUCUUUAUGUUGUUAGAUGUGUUCCUUUGAUGUUAUUUAUUCUUGUUUCGUUCAUUCUGUCUAGAGUAGUUUACAUGAUUAUUUUCUUAGAAGUAAAAUUAUAUGAACAGAUGAACAGAAGUUGUACUUGGUAGUUUUUUGUAAGUUAUUUUUAGAUUUUUCAUGCCUCUUACAAGCUCUGUGGUUUCCCAAUUAAUAUUAUUACACAGACAAAUAAUAUAUUAAUAAGCUGCAUGUGUGUGCCCUAUUGAGAAGGAUAAGAAACACAUUCAGGGUAUCAACAUAUUAUCAUGUGUCAUUAACUCCCCCCACCUAACACUCCCGUCAACCCACCAUGACAAGUUCUUUGUCAAACUUCUGAUGGUUACUGGUAUGCAUUAAAAAAAAAUCUAAGCUUAUCUCAUUAAUGGUAUAUUUUUAUGGUUUAGUUUUGAAGGUUAAAUUUGCCUUAAAAAGAAGUGUCUGUGAAGUAUGUAAUAUGUCUUACAUUCUUCAGUAGAAAUUAUAAAAUUAGUUUAAGCAUAAGCACAAUGAUUUGCAAAGUUGGGUGAAGUGUUGUAAAGUUAAUGAAUGAAACAUCCCAUUUUACAGGAUGUAGUAUUGAGGUUUGCCUGGUGAAUAACAUCAUAGCAAACUUCCUGUUUUUAUACCCCCAACAGUGUUUUUCAGAACAUCGUUACUUCAUUAGAUAUAUACCAUAAAUCUUCAUCAGAUGUAACUUUGCCUCAUCACCCUAGCUUUUUUAUUACUACAGGAAAAUUUAUAUUACUUUGUUGAAGAUUUAUGGUAGGCCCAGAUGUGUGGGAAGCAGGAAAAAAGUUUGACAUGUGAAAUAACUACUUUUAAUUUUUUUUUUCCCUUUAUGUUGUUCUUCCUAUGUUUUCUUUUGUAGUAUUGACUACAAAUUUUAUUAACAUCAACUGAAUUUUCUGUUGGUGUUUAGCAAAACCUAACAUUAAAUAGGGAAAAGUUACUAAUGUUCUGGAAAAGUGUAUUUAUUUGGUGACGAACUAGCUUUAGACUUAUUAGGUAAAGGAAAACGACAAGCCAAAAGCCACUUUGCAACAAAAUAAAUAUAACUGUGCAGAACAUUAUGAAGUGUUUACUAUUUACUAUUACAAAUGUUCUUUAUUUUGGAGACAUUGAAAUGACUUGAGCAAUUUGGGAAAAAAUGUGUGGUUUCCCAUGAAUAUUACAGAAGGGAAGUGUUUCAAAGUAGCACACUAGCUGUUAAAGAAUGGCAUAAAUUUUUAUGUGGUUAAUGUAAAUUUUUGUAAGUGUGAGAUUUGGGGGAGUGGGCAUAAUAUAGUAGUAAUGCAUGUGAAUUUAAUAUUGUCACAGGAUGAUACAGAAACUGUCAACACCUUGAGAAUGUUUAUUGAAGUAAUUUUUAUUGUAAGAAGAAAUGUUAGCAAAUUUCAAGAUGAUGUUCAUUCAGGCUGUAAAUAUAGUUCUGGAAGUUCUGUAGGUGAAGUGAGAGUUUUAACACACAAAAUCUCGUUAGCCUGUAAUUCCAGGUAAAGAUUGUAAAGCUUAAAUAAGAAAUAGGAUCUAGUUAUUUAUUCGUGUACUGUUAAGGAUACAAGAUGAUCGAUACAGUUGGCUAUUCCUUGUGGGAAUCAUCUAUUUGAAUAUUUUGUAUCAAUACAUACUCGGUCUUAAGUGGCCCUGUCAUCUGUUCAGAUACACAAUAAGUUGAUCAUUACUAAACAAAUAUUAUUUUAAUUGUCGAUAUAAUUUUUCUUCAAAAAUUGUUCAGAUUGCUCAGUCAUUUUCGUUUGUCCCAAUUCGGGUAGUACAUUUAUGUGCCUUGUAAGACAUCUUUGUGCUGAUCAGUGUAAUUGCUGAUACACUUAAUGUGAUGCAGUUCCCUCUAGUCAGUUUACAUGCUGUUAAGUUUGUCUGUUCUCAUUCUUGUUGUUUUAAUAAAACAAAAAAUUGCUGAAUUAUACAGUCUGACCCAGGGAAAUGUAUGACAUCUAGUGUGUAGCUGAAAAUUAUUUUUAAGAUAUUAAAAAAGUGCAAGUAGCAACUUUGUCCAUGUAGACAGUACUUACCUGUGGAACCACCAUUUGGAAAUAAUUUUGUUACUACAGGUGGUGUUGGAAUUAUUGUCUAAGUGUCAGUGUGAUACAGUAAAAUUCUUUCCUUUGAUUUAACUAUAAGAGAUGUUGCCAGAAGUCUGGAAAAACUUCGAAUUGGAAGAUUAAUUGCACAACUAUCACAGUAAAACCCCUCUUUAACGAAUCUCUGGUCACUCAAAUAUUUAUCCUUAAAUGGGGGUUUUGCCAAAGUAUACGGAAUGCUUUUUAAUCGCGGAAUUACCAGUAUCCUAUGCUACAGAUAUAAAUCCAGUAAAUAUAUAAUUAUUACACUUUUCACAAACACAUCUUUCAUUUUCUUUAAAAUUAACAAGUCUUGUUUCUUCUGUCCUUCCAGCAUAUUAUAGUGAAAGAAGUUGUACUCCAGCUGGUUGAUAUAAGGUAGAAUAGAUCCAUCUAUGUUAAAAGAGAAAAAGAAAUUUCUGGGAGUAUCAGUUCCUUGCACAGCAGCAGUGAAAGUUGAUGCAACACACUAGUUUCUUCUUCUUCUUCUUCUUAAAUCAUCAUCAUCAUUCCCACUGCCAGUUCCUAUCUGUGUUACCUUACAAACAUUUUACUUGCAUCAGUCUCGGGUUUGGAAGUCGGGAUGCUGUCAUCACUACAAUGUCCUAUGAUGUUGCAUUUUCAGAAAUAUCAGUUUUCCUAUUCCAUGCUUCUUCUAAAACACUGUCAUCUUAAACAGCAACUUAUGUACCACAGGAAGCCUCUGUGAAACAAUUUAACACAAUCUGUUAUGCACAGAAUUCCAGGCAGCAACAAACAUAUGCAUAGCCUGUAUGGCGCCAAGUCUCAUGAUUUCCUUACUUUCAAGGGAUGAAAUUGGCUUAUACACAACUGCUAUUCUGUAUUUGGUUUUAGUAGAGUAUAUUAUGCCUAGGUACAGAGGCUGCGGAUGACUUGGGUAGUUUGGACUUAGAAACACAACAUUUAUAUUCCUCUGAAAUUGUUUCCUUGGUAUGUACAAAACAUAGGUCAAUAAUAAGUAAAUUUUCCUUCCUGCAGCACCCAUCGUGGCAUCUACACCCAGAAAAGUAAUGAAGGCAGUUUUAACUUUCAUCACUACUUACACACAAUAGUGUCAUAAUCCUUUCUUUACUUUUUUACCUCCAUGACAUUUUUCUCCCUUAAUGGAAUAUAAUAUUGCAAGAAGUAAAUUAUAAAAAGGCACCAGUUUCAUCAAUGCUGUGGGCUCAGAAGCGUGUAUCAGUCCUGGCGACAUAAUGUUCUUCCAAUAGUAUAUACUUUCUUUGACUAAGAGCUUGAUUUUCUUCAUUUACACUUUGCAUGGAUAGAUUUUGAUGUACUAAAAUAUUCAGUGCUGAUCUUCAGAAUGAUUUCAAUAGCCUUCUCAAGCACUUAAGUUUCUGCUUAGAGGAAUGCUUCAAUUUAUCAGUCCUUGAAACAACUUAAGAAUAAUAUUUUCCACAUGAUUGAAUGUAGACAUAUUGAAUGCUCUUCCUUUCUGAAUCCACAGGAAUCAUGUGCUUUGACAUUUAAGAAUGCAUUCUUAUUCUUGAAUAUAUUUCUUUGCUGUGUCUGAAAGAUUUAUUUUAAGAUUGUCAUUGACAUCAUAAAUGAUCUUCAGCUUUCUAUUUUUGCUGGCCACAAAUCCACAAAAGUAAAACUGAUAACUUAGACACUUCAUGCUUCGUAAACUCAGUAUAUCUCGUUGGCCAUGACUCGGUGACUGUGGUGUCAGAUUAUGUAAGCUAAGUCGGAUGAAAAUAAGAUUGCAGAUUCUUUCAACGCAUCUGCUGGUAUCUAUACAAAGGAAACUGAAUUAUUGGCUACGAUCUACGUACAUGUUGACUGGUUGAAUAGAUUAACAUUUACUGUGCCACGUGACAAGAAAUUGUGUGUGUGAAAUGGAAAGAAAUCAAACUCACUUCAACAUGUUAGGAAUUACAUAAAUGUUGGGUUUCAGUUUGCAAAAUGUUUCAUGGUUAUACCACAAAAGCAGACUUUUUCGAAGAGCAUGGUUGAAAGUGGGUAGAAAUAACAUUGUUCCUACGGGAGAUUCGCCAGGACUAACAGAAAUUUUCUUUAAAAGUGAGGCUUCCUUAGAAGCAGGUUCGUUAGUUUAGGGUUUUACUGUAUAUUAUUCCUUUUCAUGACUUGGUACGGUAUAAAAGUACAGUCUUUUACAAAUUAGCCAUAGUACGUUGAUUAAAUAGUUACAAGGAAUAUGCAUGAAGAGGUAGAAUGCCAGCUGAGCUAAACCCAACAAAAAUCUGCUUACAGAGUGUGUUGUGCCUUCAUACUACAUGCAUAUACCAGGAGAUAAUGAACAUACAAAUGUGUUUGCAAUUGCUCUUACAUGAAUUUUGGUUACCAUGUUUGUAAAAUGGCUUUUUCUUCCCAUUCUUCAUUGACUGGGAUAUAAUACUUGGUUAAGUUUUAGUGUAAGGGGUAAAGAUUUGUGCAGUGUUCUCCAAAAGCUAACAAUUUCUUCCUUAACUAGGAUCCUUCAGUUUGGUCAUAAAACCAUAACAUAUUGAGGUUUCAUUCCCCUCAGGUUAUUCUGAGCAAUGCAAUAAAAUUAAUAUUACCUCAUUAACAGUAGCAUUUUGCAUAUUACAGAUUUAGAUCCAUUUCAGUCAGAGUAUUUUGGAAAAAGAUCUGAUUAGUACAAAAAACCACUACAAACUGUAUAUAGUUUUGAUGCAGGGAUUACUGAAAAACUGCAUUGUGGCAGUCUUGUUUUCUAAUUUUAGAUGUAAUUUUAUUCAUUUGUAAUGAACUAAUAGCUUGUAAAUAUUUGCUUAUUUUGUAAGUGACUGAAGCAAUAUCGUUAUCUAGUGGCUUUGUAAGUUAGAAUUUCAUAGCUUUUUUAUACACAUAGAAUCAUGCUUUUUGCACUUAGUAUGGGUGUACUGUUAUGUGGUUGUGUAACUAUGUGGAGUUACACAACUGACUGCAGUGUUUUGACACCCAGUAUGAAGUAAGUCUGAUGGAAGAGAGGUUUUUGGAUGCCAAAGAUUAACAUAAUACUUGUUUCCUUCGACACCUGGCUUGAAACUGGAGCAGGUGGGAAGAUGGAACAACCAGCUUGUUGAGGCUGCCAACUGUUAGAUUUGAAGGUGUGUUCAUUACACAGUUGUAAAUUGUAUGUGCAGUGAAAGCUCUUGGUUAAGAAUGCAUUAUCAUUUUGUCUACCAUAAGCUGUUGCUGUGAAAUUAUGUAGAAUUGCCCUUGUAUUAUGAUGAUAUAGAACUUUGAGUCUGCAUUGGAGGCAUAUUAUGUCAUCGAAGUAAUGUUUGUGAAUACACUAAGCUUUGUUUGUGACUGUAAUCUUUUUUGUUACUGUAGUUAAUGCACUUUCAUGUUAACUCUUUAAAGCUCACUUUAGUGAUAGCAAUAAAAAUUUGGCUACUCUGUUGGUUUACAUAGUUAUAAGUCAAUUUGUUUGUAAGUAACCAAUGCUUAUAGCCAUCAUAUUAACUCAGGCCUCUUUCACUAGUCAUGUGGAAUAUUGCCAUUUGUUAGCAGCAUGUACAAAAUGAUUUACUUUGUUUAUUGUUGUAUUUCUUACUUGUGGCUUAUUUGCAGUUAAUGGGGAAAGGAAUGCAGUGUAAUCCUACUUUAUACAUAUUUUUUAUAGUCCCAGUAUACUGUUGGACUGAAAUAUUGUAACAGUUACUUCUGUCAGAGGAUAAUGAAUUGAGUUCUUGUACUUUGAGCAACUUUGAUUAUUUGAAGAGUGUAAAUGUUCUCCAACAUAGCACAUUGAAAUAUGUCUGUCCAGAGGAAUUUCAAUUGUAAGGUCCUUGUAAUAUGUAACAUUGUAUUAUUUAUUUAUUCUGACAAAUUAAUGGUCUGCUUUGUAUUAGGUUACUACAUGAGUAUUUAUAUUUCUAGCUUUGUUUUCCACAAGCAGUGGACACUUAAAGGAUGAGAAUUACAAAUUUUAAAUUUAUGUGAAAAUAAUGUCAUCAGAAAACUGAUUUUCUGAUCCACUUACAUGUUUUUGGUUCUAAUUUCUCCUGCCCCCUUUCUCUUAGCCAUUUCAAGCUUCAUAGUAGUAAUGAGCUCAUUAAUGUUCUUUCAGGUUUAUGUGCACACACAUUUUUUAUAUACAUACACGUGCUUGUAAUAGGUAAAUUGAAACUGUUGAAUUAGGCUGCCGAAGAACAAAAAGUGCUUUAAAUGUUUCUUACGCAUGCUUUCACAUAUAAAGAAAUGUAUAGAAAAUUAGGAGAAAUUGGAAAAUGCUGCCUUCCUACGUCACUCCAUGUAGGUAGUCGGCUUGAUUGUAAGUUAGGGACAGGUUUGUACCCACCUUUUGUGCAAACAUGCUCUCUGUAUCUGUCCUGAAUUAUCCAAAUUUUCAGUGCAUUUAUAAUUCUAUCUCAUAGGAUGAUGUCAGAUGUCUGUAAUGUAAACUCACGUUUUGUGCAGUAUUUAACUAGAUGUUAAUUUAUCUGUUUUACUGUUUGUUGAGUUUCGUCUCUGUGGAUUAUAUUACAUUAAGAAAUACAACAACUGGCUGAUUUUUAAACAUUUUCAUUUAUUCCAAUAUGGGUUUGAACUUUUGCCCUUCUUUGAUUGGCAUAAUACAUAUUUAGAUCUUCAGUUAGCACUUUUUUUCUCAUUUAUAUUGUGCUUGUUGUUACUCCUAUUUACCACAUUUAAUUGUGGCACAGGCCCAUUUUCUUUGAGUGCUAAGCAGUGUAUGUAUUACACCAGCUGAAGAUGGGUAAAAGCCCGGAAAACAUUGGUAUAAAUAAAAAUACAGGCAUGAGCGGCUGGUUGUGGUAUUUCUUGAAGUUAUAUUUAACUAGAUUUGUUGAGAUGUACUUUGAAUCUCUAAAAUCUACCCCAACAACAUAGUUAGAAGUCUUGGUUCAGUCUACUUUUCAUAAUAUUUAUCAGGUGAGGAAUCCUGAUGAGCCAAUUAAGGUUAUUUUAACAAUUAUAGAUAGAACAUGUUUUUAAUUUCACUUAAGAUGGCUAAGUUCAUUGCUAGACAAUUAAUAAAUCAAGAUUCAGAUUGCAACAGAGACAUGUCAGUCCUUGUCAUUCCAGUGUCUGUCUUAAAAAAUUUGUGCUAAAUCAGUGAAUGCAACUGAGGUCAGGCAAUCAUUGGUGAUUGAAAGGCCUCAACUCUUUGCAUUACCUUGGUUAGCAUUUCCAUAAAAAUUUUCCAGUUGUCUGUAAAAAUUAAUGAAGUCAAAACUGAACCUGAACCUGAACUUGAGUCAAGCAAGGAAUGGAAAAAGAAAUAUUCUUUUAACACAUGAAAGUAGAUUGACUGAUGCACUAAUUAAGUUCUAGAAUCUUUUAAAAGAGGUGGAUUAUUUGGUCAGAUGAGAAAUUAAUAAGAGUUAGAUAGGUUGUAGCAAAGUGAGUUGGUGCUCAGGCUUAUUACGAAAACACACACACUUGUUUAAGCAGUCAAAUUUCAGUUGCACUUUCCCAGUUUUGCAUAACAAACAAAGGUUCAUAAUAUGAGACUGUUUUACACUGAUGUAGUGUUCUCAUUGAAGGUAUCUUAGGUGUAAUUCUAAUGUAUCAACAAGGAGACACCAACAUAUCAUGCAAGUGAUCAUAACUGUGAUGGAAGAACUGCACUGUGAUUCGACAGAGGGUAUUUUAAUUUCGAAUUAUUUUGAAUGCACAUUUCUCUCUCUAUUGGGUCGAAUACUGGUUGCAUACAGUGUAACAAAAAUAUGCAGAUAACCUUUGAGUGUUUGUAGAAGAUAUCUUGAUGAUAGGGCUUAUCCAGAAAAGUCAUCGGACGACGCUAGAUAGUGUGGAAAUUGUAAGGGAAAUGCAUGAGGCAACCCAUCCCUUUGGCAGCAGAUGCGGGCCUCCACUCUGACACUUCUGUUGCUAUUGUGCUUAGCAGUCUCUAUCUUGAAGUUCUGCUUUAGAUCCUUCAAUGUACAAACCCAAGACCAGUACUAAAAGGGAUCCCUAGCAGCAGGCAUUGGCCACUACCAUAACUUCAAUGCUGUGUAGGUCAUUGGAUGACAUUUCUGAACGUGGGUUCCUGUCCUCAGUUUGUCCGUAAAGACUCCCUCUACAACUCCCUUGAAACCCAGUGGUGUAUUUGUGUUGAUCUUCCUACACACACACACACACACACACACACACACACACACACACACACACACACACACACAUAUGAAGGGGAAAAAAUAAACUUGCAGUUAAAAGGUUAAGGCAUACCUGAUUGGAUUUUAAUUUAUGUUCAUGUAAUUGCAGUUGCUUGUGAAAAUAUUUUAUAUUAAUAUACAUACAUAAGAAACACGUGUGUGUGUGUGUGGGGGGGGGGGGGGGGGGGGGUUAUGAGGAUCAUACUACGACAAUCAUUCACACCACUCACAACUCUGAUUUGUACACAAGUAUUUCAGUCAUUAAUCACUGGCAUGUUCAGAUUGUAAUAAACACUCAAUGCAAUGCAGCCCAUAUACACUUAAAUAGCUGUAGCCCAUAUUAUUACCUCUAGUCUUUUAAUACAGAUAUUUUUAAUUUUUUGUCAAAGUGACACUUCUAGUAUCCAAUUUUCUUUAUACAUUUAACUGGAGCAGUAGGUGAAUGCAAACUUAAUUUGUUAGUGUGCAAUACUAGUGUGGGACAAAAAACAGCUAGAUGAUAAUUUUAGUCAAAACUUUGAAAUUGUGUUAGUACUGUAAAUUGUGAAACUGUUUCACAGUAUUCUACAUCCAAACUCAAUUUGGAAUAUGGUUUCUUUUGUUGUAUACAACCCCCAAAGCUAAGAAGAGAUUGUAUCUAAAGCAUCAGAAACCGCAGUGUGAAAUAAGUGAUUUGCUAGAUUUAUUACUAUGUACUUAACACAAUCAUGUCUUAACAUAAAUAUGUUUGCUGCUUCUCUGUGUAAAAAUAUGUAAACAUAUAUGAUUCACAGUGGCAAUUGGCCAUACUGAACCAGCAACAGAAUCUAAGCCUUACUUACUAACACAGCUGUGUGCCUUAGUGUGUAUCAAAAUAAAUACCCAUCCUGUAAAUAAUGUAAUUCUUUGCACUAUUGCUUUUCCACCUCAACAAGGAUUCAGAGAUGGAAGUUUUCCUGCCAUUUGUGAAAUCUUUGUAUUUUAUACUAUUGUUCAGAAAAUAAACAACACAGUAUUGAUAAUGUGAGCAAUUAGAGCAAUAACUAGGCUACCGUAUAUCAACAGUAUCUUUAAGUAACUUGAAAGUCUUAGAUAAAGUAACUUCUCUUUUAAAGUGACAUGUGGACCAUGUAGAGUACCUACCAUAUGGUAUCUGUAAAUAUUUGUAAUGUAGUGACCUGGCUGCAGUUCCUAAAAUUUAUUGAAACAGGGACAUGUGGCUGAUUUUCACAUCUGCAUAAAUUUUAUGAAAAUCUUUUGGAAAUUUGAUAAAAGCAACAAUUUGAUUUUUUAAGAUUUCAUUGUACUUAACUCUUCUGUGUGUACUGUUGUAUACUAACCACCUAAACUUUUUAGAUGCUGUUGAGUAAAUCAAAUUUCUUAUUACUGUAAAUUUUAUUGAUGCUCUGUUGUAAUUUUCAUUCUGGUUUGAUGAUGUGUGCAUAUUAUAUUAUUAUUAUAAUAAUUAUUGGCAAGGCUGAUUUAUUUUAAAAGUUUGUGGCUGUAUCUUUGUUAAGAGUUUUCAGUAGUAUGUCGAGACAAAUGAGACAACUUAGAUAAUUUUUCUGUAAUUGUUCGGGCAUUUGAUUCACUCACUGGAGGUGCUGUAUGUUUGAAAUACAUUCACAUUACAUAUUGAAA